AUGGCACAGACAUUGCUAGAGGAACCCACCCGUCAAUGCAGCUUCCCUUCUGCCCUACGAGCUAUCUUUAGUCGCUGUUCCCGAAAUCCCCUGAGCAGCUCCAUCACCACCGUCGCAUCAAACCAAACGGUAAAUUCUUGGCUCUCGAAAAUGUCAAGGCAAGCCCGCAAACCAAGUGGUCCUUCGUCCCAUCUUCUUCUGACUACAACGAUUCAGCCAGUAUUACUAGUGUACCUAGUCAAUUUGCGCUCCAACGGCAGCGAAGCAGAAUGGAAAAAGACCAACGGCUGA